AGGCCGUGGAGGACCUUGAGGGUCAACUGCUGGACCGAGCGUCUGCUAUUGCGAAGGAGCUUAAGCAGGAGCUUCGAAAUCCACUUGAUCCGCGUCCGUUGGGAAUUCCUUUGGGGUGUCUUCCGCUUGACCAUGACGAACGCUUUCACGCUCUGGAGGACGGCUAUCGCGAGCUUGGCGCUGACCCUGGCAACAGGGGCAAAAAGGAUGAAAUUAUUGAUCAGCUGAAUGAGCGAGCGCUUGAGCUGGCACAAGAAAUGCAUGACAGGGAGCGCAGUGUCUUGGAUCAGUACCCCGAGGGUGUUCCGCUAUCGGCACUCCCGUUAAACAACGAUGAGGAAUUUACUGCGUUAGAGACUGAGACUCGUGCGCUUCGGAGCUCCCCAAUCAGCCGGGGCAGGGCUUUAGCACGGCUGAAGGAGCUAGAGGAUGCGAUGAAUCGGCGUGCAGCAGAGCUAGCCAAUGAUUCUCGCAAGGCGUUUUGUGAUCCCGAGCCCGAGGGUAUUCCUUUAACUUUGCUAGGACUUGGAGCCGAUGAAGAAUUUGCAAGGAUGGAGGAGGAGCUUCGGUACCUUCGAAAGGAUCCGGACGCGAACAAGGAAACCAUCAAAAAUAUUGAGUUUGACCUGAACAACCGAGCGCAUGAGGUUGCGAAAGGGAUGCUGGAGGAAGAUCGCGGCUACUUGGUCUCCGAUUUGUGCGGUGUGCCGCUUUCUGCGCUGCCAAUUGGUAGUGACCCGACAUUUAAAGCGUUGGAGGUGCAGCGCGCGAAGCUCAGGGCAACGGACGGGCUCCGCGAUGCCCGUAAAAUCAGGGAUCUUGAAGAGAAACUAAAUGAACGUCUAAGGAUACUUGCCGAGGAGCAGAAGGCGGAAGACCUCUCCGGUAUUGACAGAGAACCCGAGGGCGUCCCGCUAAGCCACCUGAUGCUACACGAAGAUGAUGCCUUUGUUGCCAUGGUGGACGAGAUUCGUAAGCUAAAGAAGGAUCCAAAGAGGAACAUAGAGGCUAUUGAAGACAUGCGGGAUCAGAUGAAUGACCGCGCCCAUGAGAUAGCGCAGGAAAAGUUAAGAGCGGACCGUGCAUUUCUUGACAAGAAUCCCCAGGGCGUUCCAUUGGACAUCCUUCCGCUGAAAACGGAUCCCAAGUUCCGCAAACUAGAGGCCGAGCGUGCGAAGCUAAAGGCACAGGACCUCCGGCGCAAUGCGGGCAGGAUUCGUGAUUUGGAGGCUCAGCUUAACGAUCGCGUCAAUGACUUGGCAACGGAAGAAAAGAACGAUGCUUUAAAGUCUCUUGAUCAAGUACCGCUUGGGUUGCCAAUUGCUUUGCUUCACCCGCACGAUGAUCUAGAGCUUGGGGAUCUGAUUUCAAAUCUUUGGGACUUAAAUAAGCAUCCGGGCGCCACAAGUGAAGAGAAGGAUAAUCUGCAACGCCAUAUGAAUGAUCGGUUGCUUGAAAUGGCGGCGGCUUAUCUGGAGCAUGACCGCAGAUAUCUAGAGGGGAAUCCCUCUGGUGUUCCACUGGAGUUGUUGCCCCUUACUUCCGAUCCAGGAUUUCACACAUUGGAGGUCCAGCGGGCGAUAUUGAAAGAGAAAGAUCCACGUCGAAAUUUAGCAAGGAUUGCAGAUUUGGAGAAAAAGUUGAACGAGCGCGCGUCACAGCUUGCAGAAGACCGAAAGCGUCAGGAAUUGGAAGGUCUUGACAGAGAACCCGAGGGUAUUCCACUGAGUGCCCUUGAUCCUCACAGUAACCGUGAAUUUGCCUUCCUUGUGGACCAGCUGCGAAAAAUGCCUAAUCGCUCUGACGAGGACCCCAGAGUGGCACAGCUGAAGGACGAAAUGAACGCACUUGCUCACGUUAUAGCAACGGAAAUGAAGCUAAAUGACCGUGCAUUUCUUGACAAGAAUCCCCAGGGUGUUCCCUUGGACAUCCUUCCGCUGGACACGGAUCCCAAGUUCCGCAAACUAGAGGCCGAGCGCGCGAAGCUAAAGGCGCAGGAUCCCCGGCGCAAUGGGAGGCUGAUAUUAGACCUGGAAAACGCAAUGGCCGAUCGUUGUCAUGAACUUGCUGCUGAUCAGCUGCGUGAGGACCUGACUGGUGUUGAUGUGCUGCCUCGUGAUAUACCCCUUGAAUUGCUUCUGCCUCACAGCGACCCGACGUUUUCGGCGUUGGUGGAUGACCUUCGGGCUCUGAAAAAGGACCCCGAGGAGAACGCGGAUGCCAUCGAGACGGUCCUCUGUGCGAUGAAUGAUCGUGCAGACGAUUUGGCGGCAGCACAGCUUGACCGUGGUUUCUUGAACCAAGCCCCUGCGGGUGUUCCUCUGGAGAUUCUGCCGCUGGACUCAGAUGCCGAAUUCCAUUCGAUGGAGACGGCACGUGUGAAGCUUAAGCUGAGUGAUCCCCGGCGUAACGCGAAGAAGAUUAGGGACCUCGAGGAAGAAAUGAACGCUCGGGCGCAUGAGCUGGCGAAGGACCAACUUGCGGAAGACCUUGCUGGAGUGGAUGCUGCGCCGGAGGGUAUUCCCUUGUCACUGCUAAAGUUGACGGAAGACGGGGUCUUUGCGUCAAUGGUUCCGUGGCUGCGUGAGCUGAAAAAGGAUCCUGAGGCAAAUGCUGAGCAAAUCCGAAACUUGGAGGACAAGAUGAACAACCGAGCGUACGAGCUUGCUGAUGCGCUGUUAGAGGGUGAUCGCGGUUAUCUGGACGGCGCGCCAGAGGGCGUACCGCUUGAGGAGCUCCCGUUAACAAAUGACGAUGUCUUUGCCUUGAUGGAGGUGGAGCGUGCGAAGCUUAAGGCGCAAGAUCCAAAGCGUAAUGCUGCAAGGGUGGCAGAAUUGGAGUUGCAGUUAAAUGAGAUGGCAGCCAAGCUUGCGAGGAAUGUUCUUGCGGAAGACCUCAAAGGCUUUGCCAGCCAGUACGAGGGGGUUGCUACGGAGCAACUGAAGCCCCACAACGACCGAGAGUUUGCUUCUUUGGUGCCGGAGCUUCGUCGUCUAAAGAAGGAGGGCCCGAAGAAUGUACUUCGGAAUCACAUGGAGGAAAUGGACAACCGUAUCCGUGAGAUUGCGAAGGAAUUUUUGGAUGGCGAUCUUUGGUUCCUUGACAAGGUGCCUGAGGGCGUGCCGCUGGAGUACGUGCCGCUGGCGGGUGACGAGAAGUUUGAGGAAUUGCGUCAUGAGCGAGCGGCACUCAAGGCGGAUGAGCCACGGAAAAAUGCUGAUCGCAUCAAGGAGUGCGAGGAUGCCAUGAAAAAGAGGUCCCAUGAGCUUGCUCGAGAUGUGAGGGAAAGGGACCUUGACGGAAUCGAAAGGAAGCCGUACGACAUUCCACUGGAUUGUCUGCCGCUUCGCGAGGACCCCGUCGCCUCCAAACUUAUUUCAAGGCUGCGUGAGGCGAAGAAAGGCGUGGGCAGCCCCGCAGGGAAGGGGGCAGUUUCCAAACUUCAGGAUGAGUUGGGCGAGCGCGCGCGUGGGCUUGCGUGGGACGCGCUUGCUGGUGACCGCGGGAAAUACCUGGAUAAUAAUCUUGAGGGCGUUUCCUUGAGCUGCCUUCCACUGGACACGGACCCUCAGUUCCACGGCCUGGAGGUGGAACGCGCGCAAUUAAAGCUUGCGGAUCCUCGAGGGAAUGCGAAGAGGAUUGAGGAUGCUGAGGAACGGCUCAAUGACCGCGCCCGUGAACUGGCACGGAAGCAACUAGAGGAUGAUAUUGCUGGUUUGGACCUGUCGUCCGUAGACAUGCCAAUGGACGUGUUGCGUCCGCACCGUGACGCAGAGUUUACCGACGCUGCUGUGAAGCUUCGCGAACUGAAAAAGGAUCCGCGCAGAAACGAGAAAAAGAUAAGGGAUUUGGAAAAGGGCAUGAGCGAACGUGUUGGAGAGCUUAUGCGGGAGGUGCUGGAGGGAGAUCGCGCGUUUCUCGAUCCGGAUCCUGAUGGCGUUCCUCUCUCCGACCUUCCAAUCAACGAGGACCAAACCUUUCGUGCGAAGGAGGUGAAGCACGCGGAACUAAAGGCGAGGGAUCCCGUCAAGCAUGCUGAUGCGAUUGCGGCGCUAGAGAACGAGUUGAACCAACGCGCGCAUGAGUUGGCCUUGGAUCAGCUCAAAGAGGAUCUUCGGGACCUGGACGAUACACCGCAGGGCGUUCCG